AUGAAUGUUUAUGACUACAAUUCAUCUGUACACUCAUCGGUGGCAUCGUCACAACGUAGCACUUUUGUUGAUAUAAAUGAAAUAAAAAAAUAUAUUAAGGACCUAUUGAAAUCUAGAAUUUUCUUAGGUCGAUAUAUAGAGAGAAGAUUGGUAGACCAGCGGAUAGGCUAUCGGGACAUUGUCUUAGUAAAUGCUGCAGAAUCCGAGUUAAAAAGAGACUUGUUAGAAGGACUUCAAAAGUUACGUCUUGUUUGUGGGUCUCACUGGAUUGGCAUUACAGACACAGAAGGACAGGGUUCGCCUGGAAUUCAUAUAUGGACGGAAAUAGAGAACCAACCAUUUGGACCUUUUUGGUUUCAAAUUAAAACCAUAAAAUUUAGAGAAUACGAAGUUAUUGUUGUACUUAAGUGUAUUAGGCAUAUAACUGAUGCCUUUAUGGAGUUAGAGCCCAUAUUAGCUGGUGGUAUCAAGAAACGGAAACAAGAAAAUAACUUAAAUACUUCUGACAAUAUUUCAUUGUGUGAAUCUUAUAAAGAAACUGUUGAUGAUUUGAAAAGUGCUCUUUCUAUAACCAAUGUUAAAGAAUUUUUUAUAUUAUUGUUUGCAUUUAUAAUUACCAUAUUUACUGGGAUUACAGUAUUUGUUAACUUUCUUAGUAAUUUUAUGUUAGCACUAAUAAGGGAAAUCUCUAUUUUAAUUCAAAGUUUAACACCUAUGUUUUUAGGUGUAUUAAAUUUUUUUAGUAAUAUAGUGAGGUUGCGUGUGAGUGUGAAGGUGCGAGUGGGAUGA